AUGGCCAAUCUGGGUGUUUUCGCAGGCGUCACAACACUCGUCGUUCUGCUCCUCACCUACGGCGUACCCCUCUUUCUGAAGGAGUACUUCCCCUGGCAGAGUCUCUACAAGCAGCGUCACGGCAGACCUACCGUGACUACAAAGUCGUACAAGGGACGUACUGCACUCAUCACGGGUGCGAAUGGAGCGUUUGGAUCGCGGGCGGCCAAGAUAUUUGCGGAGAGAGAUGUUGAGACGCUUGUGCUUGUUGAUGUGAGGGAUUGCAGUGGUGUGAAGGAGGAGAUUGAGAAGGAGUUGCGGGAGGCGGGGAAGCCGGUGCCCAAGAUUCUGGUCUGGCAGGCUGAUUUGAUGACGUUCAAGGGAUGUCAGGAACUUGGGGCCAAGGCGAAGGAGCUGGAGCAUCUGGAUCAUGUUUUGAUGACCGCGGGAAUUCUGGCGUUUAAUCGUCGUGAAUCGCCUGAGGGCUGGGAAACUUCCAUCCAAGUCAACUUCCUCUCCGGCGCACUCCUCUCUCUCCUCUUCCUCCCCCUCCUCAAGUCCUCCCCAGCCAACCCC